ACAAUAACCAUGACAUCUUUAACUUCCGUUAAACUAUGCUUCCUGCCUUGCCUUAUGUUGUUGUAUGUUUCGUCACCAAAUUGGGUUGCUUUUGCUUCUGCUACUUCUACGACAGAUACCGAAGCAAAGGCUCUUCUCAAAUGGAAAGCCAGCUUAUUUCAAAAUCAAGCCCUCAAAAAACUCAACUGGUACCCUCCCACUCAUAACACCACCACCAAUUCUUCCAGCAGCAAUCAAAAACCAAGAACAAGCCCAUGCACUUGGACUGGUGUUUCAUGCAACGCAGCUGGAAGUGUCAGCAUGAUAGUCCUUUCCACUUGUGGUAUACAAGGUACGCUACAUGCAUUUUCAUUCAUGUCCUUCCCUAACCUUGAAUAUCUUGACCUCGGCCUGAACAAACUCUUUGAUGUCAUCCCACCUCAAAUCAGUAACCUCUCCAAACUCUACUAUCUUGAUCUCUCUACAAAUCAGUUGUCCGGGAGAAUCCCACCAGAAAUCAGUCUCUUGAGAAAUCUUACAUUUCUUGGUCUCUAUGAAAAUACAUUUUUUGGGGAUAUUCCCAAUGAGAUAGGCAACCUGAAAUCUCUUGUGGGGCUAUAUUUGUUUAAGAAUCAACUCAAUGGCUCAAUUCCAAGAUCACUAGGUGAUCUAACAAGCCUUACCCAUCUUUAUCUCUAUAACAAUCCACUUUCUGGUUCUAUACCUGAAGAGAUAGGGAAUUUGAAAUCUCUAGUAAUUCUAGAUUUGUCCGCCAACAAUUUAAGUGGCCUCAUCCCACCUCAAAUCAGUUACCUCUCCACACUCCACUAUCUUGAUCUCUCUCAGAAUCAGUUGUCCGGGAGAAUCCCACCAGAAAUUAGUCUCCUAAAAAAUCUUACCAAACUCAUUCUCUCUAAAAACACAUUAUUUGGGGAUAUUCCCAGUGAGAUAGGCAACAUGAAAUCUCUUGUGGGGCUAUAUUUGUAUAACAAUCAACUCAAUGGUUCAAUUCCAAGAUCACUAGGUGAACUAACAAGCCUUACCACCCUUUAUCUCUACGGCAAUCAACCUUCUGGCACUAUUCCCAAUGAGAUAGGUAAUAUGAAGUCUCUUGUAGAUCUAGACUUGAGCCAAAACCAACUCAGCGGUAUAAUUCAUGCUUCAUUUGGUAACCUGACCAACUUGGAGUUCUUAAUGCUACGGGAUAACCAACUUUCCGGCUCCAUUCCUGAAGAGAUAGAGAAUCUCAAGAAGUUGGCUCAACUGCAGUUGGAAAUAAACCAAUUUUCUGGUUAUUUGCCCCGAAAUAUUUGCCAAAGUGGAAAACUCACAAACUUUUCAGCAAGCACCAACAAUUUCUCUGGUCCAAUCCCCAAAACCUUAAAAACAUGCACGAGCUUAUUCAGAGUCCAUCUUCAAAGGAACCAAUUGACAGGCAAUAUAUCUGAAGACUUUGGUGUUUAUCCGAAUCUUGAUUUUAUAGAUGUAAGCCACAAUAACUUGUAUGGAGAAGUCUCAAACAACUGGGGACAAUGCGCACAACUAAAAACCCUACGACUUGCGGGAAACAACCUUACUGGGAGCAUACCGGCUGAGAUAGGAAAUGCAACCCAAAUUCAUGAGUUGGAUCUCUCUUCGAAUCAUUUAGCUGGCACGAUCCCCAAGGAAUUUGGGAGACUAUCUUCUCUGGUGAAGCUGAUGUUGAAUGGAAAUCAAAUUUCGGGUCGUAUACCCUCAGAAUUCGGAUCAUUGCUUGAUCUUGAAUAUAUUGACUUGUCAACAAACAAAUUGAAUGAGUCAAUUCCAAGCAUUGUAGGAGACUUGUUCAGAUUACACUACUUGAAUUUGAGCAACAACGAGUUGGUUCAAGCAAUUCCAUUGGAGUUGCAGAAGUUAGUUCAAUUGACCGACCUCGAUUUAAGUCAUAACUCACUCGGAGGUAUGAUACCAUCGGAAAUGAGCAGCAUGCAGAGUUUGUUGACACUCAAUCUUUCCCACAACAAUCUUUCGGGUUUCAUACCAACAAAUUUCCAAGACAUGCGCGGCUUGUUGUACAUUGAUGUAUCCUACAAUCAAUUGGAAGGUCCCCUUCCCAACAACAGUGCAUUUCGAGAAGCUCCGCCAGAAGCAUUAAAAGGGAACAAUGGAUUGUGUGGCAAAGUUGGAGCUCUACUGCCGCCCUGCAAUGAACAUGGCUCAAAAAAGCACCAAAAACGGGUAUUUGGAAUCACAUUCUCCCUUCUAGCAGUAUUUGUACUUCUAUCUGCUUUCUUUACAAUUGUCUUUAUAGUGCAAAGAAGGAAGAAGCAUAAGGAUAAAGACGAAAACCACAAGCAUGAAGAAAUUUCCUUUUCAGUUCUAAAUUUUGAUGGGAAAUCAAUGUAUGAGGAAAUCAUAAGGGCAACAGAAGAUUUUGAUUCAACACAUUGCAUUGGGAAGGGGGGACAUGGAAGCGUCUACAGAGCAAAUUUGUCAUCUGCCAAUGUAGUUGCUGUGAAGAAACUCCAUAUCUUACAGAACGACCAGAAGAAUCUUCAAAAGGAAUUCUUAAAUGAAAUAAGGGCACUGUCUGAGAUAAGACACCGAAACAUUGUGAAGCUUUAUGGUUUCUGUUCACAUCGAAGACACUCAUUCUUGGUGUAUGAGUAUUUUGAAAGGGGAAGCUUGGCCUCAUUGUUGGGCAAAGAUGAUAAAGCUAAAGAGUUGGGGUGGAGCAAAAGGGUGAAUAUUGUGAAAGGUGUAGCUCAUGCAUUGUCGUACAUGCACCACGAUUGCUUGCCACCAAUUGUGCAUCGUGACAUAUCAAGCAACAACAUUUUGCUGGAUUCUGAAUAUGAGGCCUGUGUUUCUGACUUUGGCACUGCCAAGUUUUUAAAUCCAGACUCAACUAAUUGGACUGCUGCUGCAGGCACAUAUGGCUACAUGGCUCCAGAGCUUGCAUAUACAAUGGAAGUGACCGAGAAGUGCGAUGUUUAUAGCUUUGGAGUUGUCACACUGGAAAUAAUUAUGGGAAGACAUCCAGGAGAUGUUUUCUCAUCUUUAUCAUCCGGGGCAUCAUCGUCUUCCUCAUCUGCAUCACCUACCCCGGAAAUGCCAAUUUUGGACGUUCUGGACCAACGCAUCUCGCCACUCACAAAACGAGAAGCAGAGGAGGUGGUGUCUCUUGUGAAGAUAGCAUUUGCAUCCUUGAAUCCCAGUCCACAGUGUCGUCCAACGAUGAAGAAAGUUUCUCAGCUCCUUUCAUCAACUCAGAGGCUGCAUUUGUCAGAGCCAUUGCAUAUGACAACAUUUAGUGAAUUGCUUGCUCUUGAUGGUUUCACUACCUGAUUAGGAUAUGUACUGCGUUUGCUGUAUUUCACUUCAUUUUUGUCUGCCUUGUUCUAAUUCUUGUUAGAUUUUGUACAUGUAAAUGUUCGCUACAAGAAAAAGGGUCAGUAGUGACCAAUUUCUUGGUGACUAAAUGUAUAAUGGUCACAAAUAGGGAGUCUACAUUUUUUUCUUUUCUACAUUAUGAAUCUAAGAAUUAGGUGGUGAAGUGAUGAUGUGGACAAAGGAUGUUUGCUUGUAGCAAACGAGUUAGUGGAAAUAAAGUUGAGUUCCGAUGCAGCA